AGCCCCUCUCUCUCAAAGUGUCUUGAAGCUACAGUAGUGUGUGAAGUACCUCUCUCUCCCAGAUAGGGUUUUGGGGCCGUGUGUUCACUACAAUAGACUUCAGCUCCCAGCGGUUCCUCUUGCUAGAAAAAGACUUCCAAGGACCACUUCUGCUGCUGUACAUUCUAAAAGUGAGGGGACCUGACCAGACCCAGACGCAGGGAUGUGUGGUUCAGUGUGGUGUCUGCUGCUUCUGUUGCUCUGUCCUGGUACUGAUGAGAUGGUGCUGGAGGACAAAGCCUUAGCCAGCCAGUCAGGGUGGCGUACAUAUGAGCUGCAGAGAGGACAGAAUGGCAUCAACAGCUUCAAAAGGCAUUCAGACGGAACGUUCACCAAUGACUACACCCACUACCUGGAUAAGAUCAAGGCUAAAGACUUCAUACAGUGGCUGGCCAGCACCAAACGAGAGAAAUGCAAGGAGCUUCCCCUCAACCUAGAGGGGGUGUAAGAAGACCCAGACACCACCAGAAGUGCCACAAGGACGUUUCCUAGCUACUUAACAUCAUAUACAGCAGUGGAGGCUGUUGAGCGGAGAACGGCUCAUAAUAAUGGCCGGAACAGAGCAAAUGGAAUGGAAUCAAAGACCUGGAAACCAUGUGUUUGAUGUAUUUGAUACCCUUCCACUGAUUCCGCUCCAGUCAUUACCACAAGCCUCUCCUCCCCAAUUAAGGUGCCACCAACCUCCUGUGAUGGACAGUAUCAUAAAACAGGACCUUCUACCAACGAAAAAUAAAAAAUAAGACAGUUUCCUGUCUUUGGUUUAUGUUGUGGUAAAUUACACAGAAUCCUGGACAUUAUUUCUGAAUUGUAUUGUAGGCUGUACACUCUGUGCGAACAGGCUGCUCUGAUUUUCUACAGCAAGGAGCUGAUCACCUGAAAUAUGAACAUGAAAAUAAUAACAGAAAUGGAGUUUGGAAUGCCACAGAACGUAAAUCUCAGGUCUAACAACUUACGGUAACUCUUCAUUAAAAGCCAUGUUACCAUUUUGGUUUUCAAAUAGGUCUGCAGAAUCCGCAUCAAUCAAAUUGGAAGGACAGUUUGGUCAGAGAUAGAGCAAUCUAAAAUGUUUGUAUACAUCUGUAUAAAUUAAAAUAAGGGUUUAUAUUGGAUGAUGAUACUGCAUUAUGAAAAUUGAAUAUGUAAAUAUUUACUGUGAGAGGUAUUUAAUUUGGAGCAUGAA